AACAAAUGACAAUCGAUGAAAAGCCCUAUCUAUGGAUGAUGGAUGAUUAAAAAGUACAUUUUAAGAAAUUCUUCUAUCUCAAUAUUUUAUCCUAUGAGUAAAGAUAAAUAAAAAUUGUGGAUAUUGUCCAGUAAGAAACAAGUUUAUAAAGAUGUCUCACAAAAACAAAAUCAAUCCUGAUCUUGUAAAGGAAAGGAGCAAAUGUAGUUUUAAUACUUUGGAGCUAACACAUUUAAUUGAUGGAGGAGUGGAGAAAACAAAUGAAAGGAAAAGUAGGGAAUCCUUUUUUCUGGACGACCCCUCACUGCGAUCAAAGGUGCCUUUGGAAUAUUUAAGUCAUAAAGAAAAGUAUGAAGAAGCUGUACGCCAAUCCUGUCUGCUGUUUAGAAAAGUUCAAGAGCUUCAAAAUGAAGGAAAAGGAGGCAUGGACAAUUUCAGAGAAAUUCUGGGGGGACAACUUGGAUCUGCAAUCUUGAAAGAUGGUAAUCCGUUGACUCUUCAUUAUGUAAUGUUCAUACCUACUUUGAUGGGACAGGGAACUGUCGAACAGCAAGCAGAAUGGAUACAAAAAGCAUGGUCCUGUGAUAUAAUUGGAACAUACGCACAAACUGAACUUGGACAUGGCACAUUUAUUAGAGGACUGGAAACAAUUGCUACUUACGACACAAAAACUGAAGAAUUUGUCUUAAAUUCGCCAACAAUUACAUCUUACAAAUGGUGGCCUGGAGGAUUGGGACAUUCAGCCAAUUAUGCAGUUGUGGUAGCACAGUUACACACACUGGGCAAGAACCAUGGUAUUCACCCAUUCAUAGUACAACUGAGAGAUGAGGAAACUCACGUACCUCUACCAGGUAUUAAAAUAGGAGAAAUUGGAUGUAAAUUAGGAAUGAACAGUACAAACAAUGGAUAUUUAGGCUUUGAAAAUGUUAGAAUACCCAGAACUAACAUGUUGAUGAAAAACAGCAGGGUUUUACCUGAUGGCACCUAUGUUCAGUCUCCUAGUAAUAAGCUAACUUAUGGGACAAUGAUUUUUGUUAGAGUGGUCUUAGUACAAGACGCAGCUACAUAUUUGAAAAAAGCUUGCACCAUUGCUACUAGGUAUAGUGCAGUCAGGCAUCAAUCACAAAUAAAACCUGAUGAACCUGAGCCGCAAAUUAUGGAUUACCUUACUCAGCAGAAUAAACUGUUCCCUCAGUUAUCUGCCUGUUUUUCCUUCCAAUACGCCGCUACCUGGUUAUGGGAUACCUACAACAAUGUUACCGGUGAACUCGAGACUGGUCAACUUGAAAAUUUACCAGAGUUACAUGCAGCUGCCUGUGUGUUGAAGGCAGUAGCUACAGCAGAUGCUGCUCGAGGUAUUGAAAUACUCAGACUGUCAUGUGGAGGGCAUGGAUACAUGACAGCUUCAAAUUUACCUUCUACCUAUGGAUUAGUUACGGCGAUGUGUACUUAUGAAGGAGAAAACACAGUACUUCUUCUGCAAACUGCUAGAUUCCUCAUAAAAUGCUGGCAAAACCCUCAAAGCCUCCAGUCAUUACCUAGCUGCAAAUAUUUGUUACAUGCUCUAAACAACAAAUUGCCUUUCCAGAAAUCAGUAAAUUGGAUUAUUAGUGCUUUGCAAAAAACUGCAGCAGGUAAAAUCGAGCUAGCAAAUCGACGAAUCAACGAAAGAGUGAGGAAAGGAAUGGCUUACGAAGAUGCAUGGAAUAAUACAUCCAUCGAAUUGGUUCAAGCUGCCGAAUUACAUGGACGAACUCUUAUAGUGGAAAUAUAUUUAGCGACAAUUCAGAAGUUAAAACAAAGGGUUUCAACAGAGCUUAUGACAGUUUUAGAUCAGCUGCUUCAACUGUAUGCGGUGGACACUAUCUUGAGGUGCACUGGUGACAUUCUAAAAUUCACCGAAGUACAAGGAAGAGACAUAGACGCUCUGCAAACAUGGCUAGAAGAAUUACUAACCCUCAUAAGACCAAACGCCGUUGGUAUAGUAGACAGCUUUGACUUUAGGGAUGAAGUUUUAGCAUCAGCUUUAGGUUCCUAUGAUGGUAAUGUUUACGAAAGGUUACUCGAGGAGGCUCAAAAGAGUCCACUCAAUGCUGAACCGGUCAACAAGUCUUUCAAGGAGUACUUGAAACCAUUCAUGAAAGCACAACUUUAAUUCAUGUCUAUCUAGGUAAAGAAAAUUUUGACAGACUUUGGAUCAGUUUCACAAACCUGCAUUAAUUUACAUAUUAUUGAUAUAUCUUAAGACUACUUAAAUGUUUUUAAUAUAUUGAUUUCAACCAAUCGAAUAAAGUUUUGUACAUUUUUCUGGUUAGGUAUUUAGUAAUUAUACUAACGAGCGAUCCACAAUUAUUGGGAUCAAAGCUAUCCGUGCAAAAAAUUACGUAUGUCUUGUUUUAAUCUGAAAGACCUCCGGAGUGUGACGUCACGGCCAACUGCGGCUAUAUUCAGUGUUGUUAUGAUCACUUUUGCAAACAAAGAAUAAAGAUUGAAAACACGUUGAAAAGAUACCCAAUCUCAAGACCUUUUAAUUCGUAUAAAGUUAAAAUUUUGCUUCCUCUGCUACUUUUUAUGUUCAUUUAUAGUGUUUUUAAAUUGACGUACGUACACUGACAAGUAUCUGUCAAAGUUGAUGUAAACUGGAAAGUAUAUCUGAAUUAAUAAUAUACAUGCACUAUAUAGCUAUCUCUGUCGUUCAGAGCCACCUAUGGUGACAAUAAUUUUGGAUCACACGUUAUGUUACAAUAUUUUCCAAACCAAGACUUUUACAUGUAAUUGAAUUUUUUAUCAAAUCAAUCGAAAAAUGUCGAUAAUUUUAUUUAGGAUCAAAUUAAUGAUUGGUGUAAAUGAUCACAAAGCUUUUUCAAAAGUUUCUAAACAAUUUUAUUAUAUAUACAGGGACCAAUAUGCUAUAUUGAUACUUUUAGUAGUUCUAGUUAAUGCCAAUGUGAUUUUUUUAUACCGUCCUAGAUUGAGAAUUAUUUUUUGGUGAAAGUAGGUAUUUUAGAUUAUUUUAUGACUUUUAACUUCUUGGUUUUUCUAGAAUUGUUAAAUUGAAUGAUAAACCAAUUUAACCCUUAACUUUAACUGGUCCAUCAAAAAUGUGUAAAGGCUGUAUGACACUAUUCAUUUCUUGUAUCAUUUCUAAUAUCGUUUCUGAUAUUAGAAAGUUAUAUACAUUUUCUUGUAUCGUUUCUUGUACGUACAUUUGUGCCCUGUAUGACACUAUGCAAGUUCUUGUAUCGAAAAUUGUAUGUAAUUCGGCACGUAAUUGGUCGACAUUUUGUUUGCUACCCUGUGUCACGUUACAUUGGUAUGGUUGUACUGCGUCUACAGCUGAUUUUAAGGAUUUUAUAAAAUUUAUAAACUUAUAAAAGCUUAUAAAUUUAACAUUUUAAUGUUGACCAGAAUUUUCACGUUGACUGUUUGAGGUUGAUUAUUUGUGUUUUUAUUUUGUUUUGAUAUUUCUGCUAAAAUAUUUGCAUUAGAAUUAUCUUCAGUUUGAUCCAAAUUAGGAACUAUUGUGUUUUCCUCUAUUAAAAAAUGCAAAACAAUGAAAGCAACAGUUAUAGUUUGAGCUUUACUAAGAGCUAAAUAUAUGGUGUUAUUAGUAGAACAGUAGUCCAUAUAUUAAGUAUCAAUAAAAGAUUUAUAAAUAAUACCUACAAAAACACAAAUAAAUUCAUCAAGACAUAAAUCAUAUGAUCCCAUUUUCAGCCGCCAUUAUGACAUUUAGAUGUUUUACCAGCAGCUUUUACGUUUCUGCUCUUUGCGCAGAAAUUGGCGCAGUUCUUGUACAAGAAUCUGUGUCUGACACAAAUUCUUGUAUCGUUUCUGAUAUCGUUUCUUCUAUCUGUGUAUGACACUAUGCAUCUUUUUGACAUAUCAGAAACGAUAUCAGAAAUAAUACAAGAAAAUGCAUAGUGUCAUACAACCUUAAAGUAAAUCGUCCAACGGCGACUGCCACUGUCAAAGUCAACUGUCAACGUCUCUACCUCUGUUCUGAUAACUUCUAACAUUUGAUAAUUCUAUCCUUCUUACCACAUAGUUUUCUUUUCUACGUCUAACGUGACCAUUCCAUUGCAAUCUUUGUUCUUAGACCAUUUUUGAGACUGCAGUCACCCUGACUCUUUCCCUAAUCCGUUCCUGAUUAUAGUUAAUAGCUUUUGCCUUAUAUAGACCUAUUUGUACCUACCAAUAAAUUUCCUAUUGGCAAGUACUAAUAACAUCAAGAAGAACUAAAUCGGGAACAUAAUUGGACAAUAAGAAAUUAUAAUAUUAAAACUAACUGUAACAACAACGAAGUUUUGGUUUAUUAUAAUAAACAAGAUCAAGAGAAACUAUAACGAGAAUAGAUUGUGGAAAAGUGAAUGAAUACGUUAAGAAAUACGGAAUAAAGCAGAGAAGAGACAAUAGUAAAACUGAGAAUAAAUUCUGAAAUUGAAGAUUGUUGCAUGAACCACUUUCAUUUCUGCAUAAUGUAAUUUUAAAUUUUAUUCUAGAAUUGAUUACUACUGCAGUAUAGGCUUUCAUCAUUAUACAUGUUCGUAUUAGUGGCUGCAUAUUAUUUUUCCCAUUAAACAAUUUAGCAUUAUGUACAUCUUCUCGUAUUAGUGAUUAACCAAUCUUCCAACAUUUCUUUCCUCUCUUCCACUAAUACGAUAUCCGUAAAUAGCGCUGACCAAUGAGCUCUCUCUCUCUCUCCCUUACCUUCUCUAACAACACAUCAAUAACAAGUCGAUUGAGAUCUACUUUUAAAACAAUAUUCAGCAGAUGUCUUAACCAUUGUUGCCAAUUAUAAAAUUCUAUCGCCAUCUUAUCAUGAUUCACAAGAAGAUGGAAUGGGUAGAACUAGAAAUCUAGGGAAGUUUUGUUUUCCGAAAAAGAUCAUUUAUUUAUGAGGCGACGCCGAACCAGUUAAGGGUUAAAUGUAUAGAGUAUUUACAAUUUGUCUCUCUAGUGUGUCUAUGCCAAUUUUUCUAAAAAUUAACACAAAAUACAGCAUGAGAACACGGUAUAUGUGAUAAUUUAUAUUUUUCAAUUAUGUUAUUGAUAGAAUGCCGGUUAUUGGUGAAGGAAGAUUUGCUCUCUACAAUUGAAGGUUUUCAAUUCGAAACCUCUUCAAAUUAUUGAAACAAACUAACUCAUUUAUUCUUAAAAUUUCCACCAUAUUAUGAUUUAGGACAGAUUUUUCAAGAAAUUAAAAAGUAUGAAUUCUAAUUAAGUAUUAAGUACGUUCGCAACUGUUUCAUAACUAAAACAUAACUUUGUAAACAACGUUAUAAUUUAAAUAUUGGAGGGUCAGAGAAGCAACAAUUUUAAAAAUAAUUAACUUCACCAUUAGCCAAUCGCCAUCUCCUAUGUACUCCUGUAUAAUAAUAAAUUUUGAGAUUUUUAAUAAAAACCAAAAAUUUCAAAUUUUAGAUGAAUUUUAUAUUUAAAAUAACUUUUUGUUUGUGCGUUGUUACCCCGAGUAAAUUUCUUUUUGUAAACAUAUAAGAAAAAGUUAGAUUUGAUUUCUUACAAUUGUAUGGAGCUUAAAAUACAAAUAACUUGUUGUAUAUAAGCUGGCACCACUGUAAACUAAAGCAUAACUUAUAAAGGGGGUGCUGGCAUAAUACAUGUGAAGAUGUUAUUUCCUUUAAAGUUUAUUACAUGUCAUCAAAGGCGUUUCUACGUCAUCACAGUAUAACGAAACUUGGAAAUGCCCUAACAAUAAGUUUAGAAUUAUUUUGACUUAUGUACAUCAUAUUUUCAAUAAAAUAAAAUUUAUAGAAAAAUUUUGUAUUGCAGAAACCAUUGACAUAUUAAGCGUAGACUCGGCAUACUCACCAAAAAAGAGUAACGCGGAAAAACAUGGAAAUAGUCGAUCGGUGGUCUAUCUAUCUCUUUUAAGGUACUAGUACACUUUAGAAGACCAAAAAUAAUAAUUUUUUUCAAGAAUUUUUUUCUCAGAAGCUUUAUUAAAAAUGAACACAAAACUUUUUACAUAUUAAUAUCUAACUCUUAGAGAGUAUAAAAAAUAUAUCUUUUUCCAUUUAUGCACGUGCUUCUUCUUCUUCUUCUUCUUCGUUUUUUUGGCUUGCAUGCAACUGCAUCUGCCAGCACAUUUCAUGUAGGUUAUGCGAGUCUUGCUCGAAGCAAUGCACAACCUACGUUUUUAUCCUUACAAAUAAUAAUAUAUAUAACUUUUCUUCAAAUAUCCAUUAUUCCAUUUAACUAAGAACAAACACAUUAGCAACCAUGCUCGAAAAUAAUUCUUCCUUAAUAAAGAUAAAUUGCCAUAAUUUUACUACAAUAACUAUAACAGACAACACUAAACUACUUCACUUUCACGAAUUAUAACUAAAAAUUAACUUUUCUUUGGGGAUUAUUUAGAUAACUUCAAAUAAAUUUUUCAUUCUACAUAAAACAUCCUUCGGCGGCCAUUGCCGCCAAAGGUCCCCUUACGCACGUGCAUUAAUAUUAUAGAGGGCGAAAAAGUCAAGGCCUCGAAAAAUGAUGGCGGACAGUUAAUCUCGGGAUUGGGAUAUCUGAAACAAAAAAAUAGUACUGUAUUUGAAAAAGGAAGGUUUCUUACGUGACAAUUUACCACAAUUUGACCAAAAAAUAAAAAAUAAAUAUUUUUUAACCACGAAAAACUGAAAAAAAACGGGUGAUUUUUUCACAAAUUUUUUUCAAAUUUCCGUUACAUUUUUUUCGCAAUUUGGCACUAACGGUGGUAAAUUGUCACGUAAGAGACCUUCCUUUUUCAAAUGCAGUACAAUCUUUUUGUUUCAGAGAUCCCAAUCCUGAGAUUAACUAUCCGCCAUCGGAACUACUUUUUUCGAGGCCUCGACUUUUGCGCCCUCUACAAUAUAAGUUUACGUGCACAAAUGAAAAAAGCUAUUUGUUUUGUAUUCUCUAAGAAUUAGAUAUUAAUACGUAAAAAGUUUUAUGUUUAUUUUUAAUAAGAGUUCUGAGAAAAAAAAUCUUGAAAAAAUGCUUAUUUUUGGUCUUCUAAAGUGUACUAGUACCUUAACCAAGCGAUCCCGCGCAUGUGACUGACAAAGAUGGCUAGACCACUCAAUCCUAUGUCGACAUUACACCUCGAUGCAUUGAGUGGCAUAUCCCUAGCCAAGUCUAUCCGUAACAUGUCUCUGGCAGAAACUCAGUUUUUUGGAAAUUGUUACGUUGUGUUUGACAGCAACCUUAACCCUUAGUCUCCCAUCACUUCUAGAUUUUUUGACAGUUACUUCCCGACGGUACUUAAUUUAAGUCUUAAUUUCAAAUCUUAAUUUAAGUCCGCCUUAUUUUUUCGAUCAUAACUUUUUAAAAUAAGCUCAAAGCAUAGUUUUUUCCAACGAUCGUUUAGAGUACCUAUAAAUUUUAUUGUGUAUUUAACACGAAAUCGUUUGAAUAACAUUUGAACUAUUAAAUAUCAGCUUAUAACUAAUAAACGAUAUUUAACAGAACAUUCUUAAACAAAAUCUACUUUAACACUUGGGAUAUAAGGGUACCCAAAUUUGGUGGUACUUAAAAGUACCGUCGGGAGACUAAGGGUUAAACUUAAGUAUUUCUAUUGUUAGGACCGUUUCUGAAGCUAGCAACAAUAAGACUUAAUAUCACCUAAAGCAUUCCCGUCUGUAUGUUUACUAAUAGCAGGUAUUGAACGAGACUAUUAAUAAAUUUAAAAAAAAAUCAACAGACACUAAUUACAAUACCUACUAAUCAACUAUACCUUCGAUGGCCUAUUGUUGAGAGAAAAUGGUAGUUCUCCACAAGCGCAAUAUAAUACACACAAAUUUAAAUUGGUUGCUCAACAAUUCAAAAAAACAAUAAAGGGAUAAUAAUAUAUAAAAGGUAAUUCAAUUUAGGUAAAAACUUACAAUCAAAACAUCAACGGCGAAACCAACACUAUUUCGCGUGUGUGUAUACACUCGAGGUCUGAAGGAGUCUAUCUUCCUUAUCGCAUGGGGAAAGAAUUUCUGGUUUCGAGUGGUACCCCGAACGUCGCCACCGCGAUAUGUAAACUUUCGAUACAGUGGUAGAAAGGGACACGGGUGUCGACAUGGGUAAAAGGGACAUGAUUUCGAACUAUUCACACAACCAAAUUAAUUUAUGGGAUUUCAAACACCGUCGAUAAAAGUUACAGAUAGGAAAAAACUGAUAACAAUUGAGAAACCGAUGCAUGAAAACCUUGUAGCAACUACUGCUAGUGGCAUAAUUAAAUUAAAUGUUAAUUAAAAUGAGAAAAAUCCAGAAGUAUUAGAAGAAAUUACUUGGUGACCGAAAUGGUCACCGAAAAAUUUAAUGAAAAUCUGUUAACGUAGUACUUAGUGGCCGACGCACACUGAAAAGUCCGAAAACAAAACGGCAACUCUAUACGAAAAUGUGAACAUCAAAAUUUUAGGACCUACAGUGAACUUCAAGACAGAAUACAAAGGUCAUUCGUAAGAAAGAAGGUUCCCUAUACCGCUGAGAAAGAGUGCAACGUAUAGGGAGAAAUCUGAUAACACUGCCUUACAAUCAACUCUCCCUCUCUAUUAUUCCUCUACUUUCACCUUGCUGCAUUGCACAGUGUCGGUCUAGCAGCCUUUGAAGAUGGAGGUCCCGAUCACGGUUACGUGAAAUUCGUUCUUUGAUUCAUUUUUUAAAUGCAACAUGGAUUAUAUAAAGUUCUUUAUUGAAUAAUGUAGUUAUUUGGUUUUUAUUAUUUUGUACGUCUAAUCGAAUUUGAUUUUCAUCAUUGGUAACUAACUUUAAAGAAAAUAAUGUUGAUUUCAUAUUAGCUGGUCAUUCAAAUGUGGCUUUGUGGCUUUUGAGAUAUUUAAACAAUUAUUAGGUAUCCAAAAAGCCUUUCUUGAAGACCUGCUUUAAUUUGCCGUCUUGAACAUUUUGUUUGUUAGUUAAUGUCGAAAGUUUUUUUUGAUGGAAUAUUAUUAAAAAGAGAAAUGUACUCUGGGCUUGCACAUAUUUUUAAAGUUGAUGUAUGUUUAAGCGUUUAUGUUAAAAUGAAAAUGCGUUUUAUAUAUCCGUUGUUGCUACAAAAUAAAUAUUUUGAUGUUAAA